AUGAACCGUCCGUUUGGCGCGGUGGAUGUCUCUGCGAACCUCAAGGGCGCCGUCCCAAAGACCGCAACGCAGAAGAUUCUUGUCGCUCUCGCAGAGAAGGGCGAACUCGUGCAGAAGACGUAUGGGAAGACGACAUUCUUCGUCGCUAACCAGGCCAACCUUGAGGAUAUGCCUGCGGAGAAGCUCGCAGCGCUGGAGACCGAGUACAAGACCAUCGAGGAGGACAACAAGGCCCUGGCAGGCGACGUCAGGGCUUCGUCGUCCGAACUGGCCAAGCUUAGAAGCACGCCAACGGACGCGGAACUGGCUGUAUCCCUCAACGAGGCCAUCACUGUUGUACAGAGAAUUCGGGAACGACUGCGGCCCCUGCGCUCUGGCAAGACUCUUGUAUCCGCGACCGAGCUUGCUCAACUAGACGCGGAUUGGACAAAGUGGAGGGCCGAAUGGGUUCGCCGCAAGAAGAUAUUCACAACGUGCGUGCUCUUCUGGCAGCUUGCAACCGAUUCGCUUCCGCCGCAAGAGGCACAGGACCUGGCCGACGACCUCGGAGUUGAACUCGACACGUCGGAACAUGUUGGGAUCGAACGCGGCCCUCUGUGCGCUCCUGCAAGCUCUCUGGGAAAACGGAGGAGAUGA